CGGUCUCAGCUGGGAGCUCUGCGUUGUGUGCGCUUGUCGGAGUUCGCGUGAGCGCGGCGGGGAAAAGGCAAGAUGGCGUCCGAGGUGCAUUCGGAGCCCCCCAAGGCAGGGGAGAUGCCGUUGCCAGGAUACGCGGCCUGGUCCCCCAACGAGCUGCAGGCCAAGCUGGCCGAGAUCGGGGCUCCCACGCAGGGUGGCCGCGAGGAGCUGGUAGAACGCUUGCAGACUUACACACUUCAGACUGGGAUAGUGCUCAACAGGCCAGUUCUGCGAGGAGAUGAUGGAGAUAAGCCGGGUUUGCCCCCCAUGCCAGGCCAGCAUCCCGGGAUGCCUCUGCCACCCCCUCCCAUGGGGAUGCCGCCAAUGCAGCCACCACCGCCUCCUCCGCCCCCUGGCAUGGGCCUCAACUUCCCCAUGGCGGUGGGGCCGCCUCCUCCACCCCCUGGCCUGGGCCCACCUCUCCGUAUGCAGGCGGUGGAUCCCUCUGUGUUACCUGAGGAAGAACGGCUGAAGCUGGCUCAGCAGCAAGCAGCCAUGUUGAUCCAGCAGGAGGAGAGGGUCAAGCAGGCUGCUGUCCUUAUGGAACAGGAGCGCCAGCAAGAGAUGUCUAAGCUGGCCCCCUCUGUACCUCGGGCUGCUCCAGACUUGGGGCCAAGACCUCAGGGGCUCCCAAGAGGGAACCCCCCUGUGGGCUCGCCCAUUGGACCACCUGGUCCGAGACCCCGUGGCCCCCCACCUCCUCCUGGAGAGGACAGCCGUGAGGUUGAUGAGUCCGGCGUGGGUCCCAAAAUCCCUCAAGCCCUGGAGAAGAUCCUCCAGCUGAAGGAGAUUCGCCAGGAGGAGCUCACAGCUGUGCCAAGCGCUACAGAUGAUGACAUGGAGACUGACCUGAGGGUGUUGGCUGGUAUCUCCGCUUCAGAUGCUGAAGAGGAUGCUUUGGCUCUGUCGAAGAAAGAGAAAAACCGCAAGCGGCGAAACCGGAAGAAGAAGAAGAAACAGCAGCAGCAGCAGCAGCAGGGAACGUCCCCGAAAGAGAGCCCACCUUCCCAGGAUGCCAAGGGGCGUGGGGAGGAGUCUGGGGGCGAUGGCCCAGUGGAAAUUGAGUAUGUCACAGAGGAGCCAGAGAUCUAUGACCCCAACUUCAUUUUCUUCAAGAGGAUCUUUGAGGCAUUCAAGCUGACCGAUGAUGUUAAAAAGGACAAAGAGAAGGAACCAGAGAAAGCAGACAAGGUGGCCAGUUCAGCUCUCCCCAAGAAGAAGGGCUUUGAGGAAGAGAGGAAAGACAGUGACGACAGCUCAGAUGAUGAGCAGGAGAAGAAGCCAGAGGCUCCCAAACUGUCCAAGAAGAAGCUUCGGCGGAUGAAUCGCUUUACGGUGGCUGAGCUCAAACAGCUCGUGGCCCGUCCUGACGUGGUGGAGAUGCACGACGUGACAGCCCAGGACCCCAAGCUGCUCGUCCACCUGAAGGCCACACGCAACUCUGUCCCUGUCCCCCGGCACUGGUGCUUCAAACGCAAAUAUCUGCAAGGCAAGAGGGGCAUCGAGAAGCCGCCCUUUGAGCUCCCCGAGUUCAUCAAGCGCACGGGCAUCCAGGAGAUGAGAGAGGCUCUGCAGGAAAAGGAGGAGCAGAAGACCAUGAAGUCCAAGAUGAGGGAGAAAGUUCGUCCCAAGAUGGGCAAAAUCGAUAUCGAUUACCAGAAGCUGCACGACGCCUUCUUCAAGUGGCAGACCAAACCCAAGCUGACCAUCCAUGGCGACCUGUAUUACGAGGGUAAGGAGUUUGAGACGCGGCUGAAGGAGAAGAAGCCUGGGGACCUGUCCGACGAGUUGCGCAUUGCGCUGGGCAUGCCCGUUGGGCCGAACGCACACAAAGUCCCUCCUCCCUGGCUGAUUGCCAUGCAGCGCUACGGUCCGCCCCCCUCCUAUCCCAACCUGAAGAUUCCGGGCUUGAAUUCCCCGAUCCCAGAGGGAUGCUCAUUCGGGUACCACGCUGGGGGCUGGGGCAAGCCCCCAGUGGAUGAGACUGGGAAGCCCCUCUACGGAGAUGUCUUUGGGACCAACGCGGCUGAAUUCCAGACCAAGACAGAGGAGGAAGAGAUCGACCGGACACCGUGGGGAGAACUGGAGCCCUCCGAUGAAGAAUCCUCUGAGGAGGAAGAAGACGAGGAGAGUGAUGAAGAGAAACCGGAUGAGACGGGUUUCAUCACUCCAGCAGACAGUGGUCUGAUCACGCCUGGGGGCUUCUCCUCGGUCCCCGCUGGCAUGGAGACGCCUGAACUCAUUGAACUGCGUAAGAAGAAGAUCGAGGAGGCCAUGGAUGGCAGCGAGACGCCCCAGCUCUUCACCGUUCUGCCAGAGAAGAGGACUGCGACAGUCGGCGGGGCCAUGAUGGGCUCCACUCACAUCUAUGACAUGGCGACGGUGAUGAGCCGCAAAGGUCCUGGGCCAGAGAUCCAGGGCGUGGAGGUGGCCUUGGCCCCUGAGGAGCUGGAGCUGGACCCCAUGGCCAUGACGCAGAAGUACGAGGAGCACGUGCGGGAGCAGCAAGCCCAGGUGGAAAAGGAGGACUUCAGCGACAUGGUGGCUGAGCAUGCUGCCAAGCAGAAGCAAAAGAAGCGGAAAGCACAGCCCCAGGACACCAGGGCAGGAGCCAAGAAGUACAAAGAAUUCAAGUUCUAGCCCAGCUCCGAAAUGUCUCGGCGGUUCCUGUUUGUCGUUCAUUUUUAAUCCCCUCCCUCCCUCCCGCUUCCAUUUCUCCUUUGCACCCACUGGCUCUCGUGUUGUUCUCGUGUCUUCCGUCUGGAUAAAGAUGUGGAAUAUUUUGUAAAUAAAGUCAGAGUUGCUCUCUGGA